AUGGAUCUCUGCAAUCUAUGUCAAGAAUUCGACAUUCGGCAGCUCCUCUGCCAAUCCGCAGCGCAAAAGCCCGAUGCCACAGGCAACACAGAUCGGAACUUGGUUGAUUCGAACGAUUAUCGUGCGCCGAUGCCAGAUUUCUACAAGCAUCGCGAGGGGAUUGUCGCACUCAAAAGAUUUGGAGACCAAGGCUGUCAAUUGUGCAGUCUGUUUUGGAGUACCUGGGUGAAGACUUUGAACAAGGACAAUAUCACCGAAGAAUUUCUUGAGAAAUACUUCCCAGGGCAACUGUAUAUCGGAUGCAGUAGCUGGACAAUAUCUAGACAGGGCUUCCCGUAUGUUACGCUCACACAACAAUCCCCAACAGGCAGCAGUCGAACACUAUGCUCUUUCGAAGCAUUCGCAGGUCGAGGCAGGUCCGAGGGACGAUCUCUCUUAGGCAGAGCCGUGUAUUCAGAUUCAGCAUCCAAGGCAUGUAUAUCGGUAGCUGAAGAAUGGCUUCAAACAUGCUUCCAUGAGCACAAAGAGUGCAGCCCGCUAUCUGAGCAUGCAAGUCCGUUGCCUACUCGAGUCAUCGAUGUCGGUGGUGAGAACUCCAAUCCGAGGCUUGUGACAAGCAACGGCAAGAUUGAACCUUGGAUUGCGCUCAGCUACUGUUGGGGAGGAGAUUCGGAGUUUGUGUUCAAUGACGGAACAAUGCAUGACCUGCAGAGCGGCAUCCCACUGGAUGACUUUCCUGCUACUCUUCGAGAUGCUGUGAUCAUCACUCGGUCUCUUGGAAUCAAAUAUGUUUGGAUCGAUGCGUUGUGCAUCAAGCAAGACUCUGCAGAAGACUGGGCAAGAGAAGCUGCCAAGAUGCGAGAUGUCUACAGCGGUGCCAUCCUCACUGUUGUAGCUGCAAAUUCGCCUUCAACGCGCAGUGGUUUUUUCUCGCAGCGAAUAUCCGGUGAGCGCGCUACGUUGGAAUGGAGGGACUCGACCCAUUCGCGAACACACAAGGUGCAUUUGCGUCCUGGUUCCGAAUUAUGGGAUCAUGCACUGUCGUCAAGUCCUCUCAUGACCCGCGGAUGGGCGUUGCAGGAAGGUUUGUUGUCACCACGGACUGUCUCAUAUGGUGCGCAGCAGAUGAUCUGGGAAUGUCCAUGCUUCCAAGAUGAUGAGGGCGGGAGAAUCACUCAAGCAACUGAGGACUAUCGUUCGAAGGGAUUCAUUCAAAAUCUCAUUCGAAUCCAGAACACAGAGGAUAUCAAACCCCACUCGCUUCUUGAGAAGCUCACGCUGCGAUCCAGCAAGCCAGAGAAAUGGUGGAAGUCGUAUGCCGUUGCAGAUCCGUACGACAAAUGGAAUGAUAUCGCCGAGCAGUUCAUGUGCCGUUCUCUCACGAAAGAUUUCGAUGCUUUGCCGGCUUUGCCAGGUCUCGCCAGGGUGUUCCAGCACCUUCUGAAAGAUGAAUACUGUGCUGGACUUUGGAAAAAAGAUAUCUUGAGCACUUUGACGUGGAACAGGUCACCAAGAUAUCCAGCUGAUUCGUCAACUCGCUUCGACCUCGCUCGGCCUUCGGAAUAUCUCGCACCUUCGUGGAGUUGGACAAGCAUUCUGGGAAAGCAGUCAAGUAUGAGCAAUAGCUGGCAGACACGGGAGGCUCUUCAAGUAUCUGCUCACAGUGUAACCAAGAUUGUCAGCUUGCCGACGUUUCCUAAAGGUGCUGACCCGUUUGGACAAGUCAGUGGAGGAGAACUAGUGCUGCAAACUCGAUUUGGGAAGAUCGAACAUCUACCUCCCGUGUAUUCGACAGAGCAUGAGUUCCACAAUGAGACGCCGAAAUCAGUCACUGGCUCUGCUUUCCAAGAGCUGGUGUACACGAACAUGCGCGUGGUUGACAGCAUGGUUUAUGAGCAUUUUCAGAAACAUUCACCUUGUCCAAAACAGGAAUUUGGGGCAGUGGAACUUGUACGUUGGGAAAAGGCGCCAGGGAGCCUUGUUCCGGGUAUCGAUCUCUUGUUGGUAGAGUCGACAGGUCAGGGUGGCGCUUAUCGUCGCAUUGCGCAAUUGGGUUUGAGAAAGUCUCCAGUGCCGGAUGAAGAUGCUGUUGGCGCUGAUAUGUAUCGUGGAACCCUGCUGGAGAAUAACGCAUACGAUGAGGUUAUCAAGGCUAAGUGGAAGAAGAGGGCUAUCACGCUCGUCUAG